AUGGGACGUCGGUCAAGGCAAAAAAAUCAUUUAGUACUGUUAUCUUUAAAGGAUAAACCAAUUAUUACUGAAGAUUCUCCAUUUGAAGGAGAUUCUGAAGUAUCUUCUGAUGAUGAAGUUAUGUGGGCAGAUUCUGAACUUGAUAACAAACCCGGAAAUACAUUAAGAAAGCUGCUUCCUGAAAGUUAUAAUAAUAUUGAUAUAAUCAGUUUAUCAUCUACAGAAUCAGAAAUAGAAAGUGAUUUUGAUGAUGAAAAUGAAUUAAAAAAAUUAAUUCCUUUCAUAGAAAAAAAACUUCAAGAUAAAAUUCUGUUACCUGAACAAAAAUAG